AUGGAUGCAGCGGUAGACGCUUUGGCAGAUGGUCUCAUACAGACACUGGCCAGCUUAAACCCAGACGAACGGUACCUCGUAGGCAUCUCUGGCAUCCCGGGCUCAGGCAAGUCUACACUGGCCACCCAUGUCUGCCAGACAGUCAACGCCAAACUAGACGGAGGCGGCAAUGGCAGCUCUACGUCGCCUAUAGCCGCCAUCGUCGGCAUGGACGGCUGGCACUACACGCGUGCCCGUCUAGCCACCUUUCCCAAUCCGACCGAAGCCAAGGACCGAAGGGGCGCUGCCUUCACAUUUGAUGCUGCCUCCUUCUCUGACUUUGUCACUCUGCUCAAGACCCGGCCUCAAGAGGUGGUCAAGGCUCCUUCCUUUGACCAUUCCUUGAAGGACCCCGUCGAGGAGGACGUAGAGGUGCGUCCGGCGCACAGGAUCGUCAUCAUCGAGGGUUUGUAUUGCAACUGCGACGAUGGAGAGUGGGGAAGGGGAGCAAAGCUGCUCGACGAGAGGUGGGUGGUAGAGGUGCAGAGGGAAGUCGCGAGACAGAGGUUGAGGGUCAGACACGUCGAGACGGGCGUGGCCAAGGAUGAGGAGGAGGCGCUCUGGAGAGCGGACAACAACGACCUGCCGAAUGGAGACUACCUCCUGUCUCACCUCCUCGAGCCAGUGAAGCGCAUCAAGUCGCGCGAGGAAGAAGCGUGGGCGACGUCAUAG